AUGGCUUUCGUCGAGGAGCUCAGUCCCCUCUCCGUGACUGGGGUAUCAACUGUGUUUCUUGCCUACCUAGUAGUCUGUAUAGUGUAUCGUUUGUACCUGAGCCCCAUUGCAGCUUUUCCGGGGCCACCGCUGGCAGCUGUGACAUGGUUUUAUGAAUUCUAUUACGAUGCAAUAUGUGGUGGCCGUUAUAUCUUCAAGAUCAGUGAUAUGCAUAAACGCUAUGGUCCGAUUGUUCGCAUCAAUCCCGAGGAGCUUCAUAUAGAAACCUCGGCCUUCUAUGAUGAAAUAUAUGCGCCCGGGAGUAAGAAGAGAAAUAAAACCUCCCACUACAAUCAGCAGCUCGGGACACCCUACUCCACCAUAUCUUCUAUCGGCCAUGAUUUACAUCGCAUGCGUCGGUCCGCUUUGAAUCCUUUCUUCUCAAAAGCAAGCGUCCGACGCUUGCAGCCCGUCAUAUGGGGGAAGGUCGACAUCCUCCUGAGGAGAUUGAAUGGCUUUAAGAAUACUGGCCAGCCGGUUCGCAUUGAUAUGGCCUACGCCGCGUUUACAAACGAUGUAAUUAUGGAGUACACUUUCAGUCGGUCGCGUGAGCGACUGCAAAAGGACGACUUUGGUGCAUCAGCUCAGGAGGCGCUGCUUGCUGCCAGCAAGGUUGUGCAUUGGAUGAAGCAUUUCCACUGGCUCAUUCAUGUUGGCCAGGUUGUUCCGCCGUGGAUCGUCUCGUGGAUUAGUCCAACCAUUGCAACCGUGCUGGAGGAUGAACAGUCCUUCGCUCGCGACAAUCUAGCCCAGGUGCACCAGAUCAUUAAUGAAGCAGAUGUCCCCCAUGGAGAGAAACAAUCCACGAUCUUCCACGACCUAAUUGCAAACCCAAAUCUGCCUGUCUCCGAGAAGAGUGUCGAGCGACUUGCCCAGGAAGCUAAAAUAGUCGUGGGUGCGGGCACUGAAACCACAGCCUGGGCAUUAUCAGUUAUCACAUACUUCCUGCUGAAGCAACCGGACACUCUAUCUCGUCUUCGUGCCGAAUUAGUCUCUUCCAUCUCUGAUCCCAUAGCACCCGUCGGGAUCGAGGUGCUAGAACAACUUCCCUACCUUACCGCUGUGAUACACGAAGGUCUACGUCUAUCCUAUGGAGUUGUUGGCCGCCUUGCCCGUAUUUCACCCGACGAUGCACUGGUCUUCCACGACGGAAAACGCGGCAAGGAUUGGGUGAUUCCGCCAGGAACACCCAUGAAUAUGAACUCUGUUUUCGUGCAUAAUGACCCCGCUAUAUUUCCGGAGCCAAGCAAAUUCCGUCCAGAACGAUGGAUCGAGGCCGACAAAGAGGGGAAAAGACUGAACAAGUAUCUCGUGUCUUUCACCAAGGGCUCGAGACAAUGUGUAGGUAUCAAUUUGGCCUAUGCGGAACUUUAUAUUUGCAUCUCGAGGAUCUUUAGACUGUAUGGCGGCACGGGGGAUGAGACGGGUGGGAAAGGAGGGAUGCUGGAGCUGUUUGAAACGUCCAAUGACGAUGUGGAUUUUGCGGCUGAUAUGUUCAUCCCCGCUACGAAGGAGGGGAGUAAGGGUAUCAGGUUGCUUGUUAGGGGAUGA